GGAAAACUCUUCAGUAGCCGCAGAAGAACGCGUGGCUAACGUGGAGUGCACCGCUCCCUCUGUGGGGCUUUGACUUUUACCUUGUUCCUAGUUACAACUGUUUUUUCCAUUUCAUUGUUGAGAGCCCCCGAUUAAAGCAUCGGGGAGAUCAUAAAAGCAGCCAUACCAAAGUCUUAACGAGGCUGUUCACACCUGGAUGCUCCCUGGCAAAACUGCCUUCGGAGUGUUUUGGGGAGCGCCACACCCCAAUGUGUUUUUGGCCUCACAGCAGGCCCAAAUCUGCAUAAGGUGGUUUUUGGCUGGACAACAGACCCCCCAGGGACCACUUCAACCGCCUGUCACGGACCCAGUACUCAGAACCCUGGCACUUAGCUGUGGUUGCCCUAUAGAGCAGAGAUGACGACAACGACGGGAAAAGAAGUCCUUGGCCUUUACCGCAGGAUUUUCAGGCUAGCGAGAAAAUGGCAGUCGGCAUCGGGACAGAUGGAAGACACCGUUAAAGAAAAACAAUACAUUCUAAAUGAAGCCAGAAUGCUGUUCCAGAAAAACAAAAAUCUCACAGAUUCAGAACUGAUCAAACAGUGCAUAGAUGAGUGCACGGCAAGAAUUGAAAUUGGAUUGCAUUAUCACAUCCCGUAUCCACGGCCAAUUCAUCUGCCGCCUCUGGGCCUCGCCCCCAUCCAGGGCCAAGCACUGCGAACCCAAGAAAAGCGGCGGAAGCUUUCCAAGCCAGUGUAUCUCAAGUCUCACGAUGAAGUCUCCUAACCGUGAGAUGGCUGCUGUCUGAGAACCGAGAGUCCAGAGGUCCUCAAUGCAAACAGAAGAGUCGCUCAUCUCUACUCGAGCUGAGGGAAGUUUAGAGAACGCAAAAGCCCUACGGCAACAUCUUCUAAAGGGACCAUCACAUCUGCUGACAUAGCACAGGCUUUAGUCUGCUGAUUAUGCCAGCGGUCUUUUUGCUUGGAGGAGCCCCUGCUGGACACAACUCAGUGUAGUUCAAGUUUCCCUCACCAACCAUGGUUUUUCAAAAGCUUCUUUGACUCUCCCUGUUUAAUAAUCAUUUGCCAUUUUGCCUACUGCGAUAUACAUUCUGGGAGAACCGCCA